AUGAAAAACAACAAUCCAUACAAUGCCAGGGAUAAAAAGGUGAAAAAUAAGAAUAAGCUCAGUGACUAUGCCACUUCUGAUGUGUCAUCAAAUGAAAAAUUAUUGCAAAGGUCAAGCAGAUUCGUAUCAACGGCAUCACCAACCACUGGAAGAGACAUAAAGGUGCAUGAGGAUGACACCAUUUUUGUGCCAUCAUGUACGGAGAUGUGCUCAAUUGCAGAAUGCGUUGAGAGAGAGGGAUGUUUAGAUGUUCAUCCGCUGGAGGCGGAUGAUAUGAACGGGUCGAUAUCAUACGAGGCAAUUGCGGCAAAUGUUCACCGCAAAAUUGACCCCGCCAAGGCGGUGAAAAAGUUUCGAAGACCAGCAGCAGGGGCUCCUCCCCCAAAAGCCUCAGAAAUCAGAACGCCAGAAACUAUCAUGAAGACCCUAGCGUUUCUUAUGAGCUCCAGCGUGCUAGGGCGCGCAGAUGUUCCCUUAUCAGUACGAGCUGCCUUUAUUCGAGAUCGAGGACGAGCACUUCGGGCGGAUCUUUCACGGCAAGUGAAAAAAGGGCGUGAGGCCAUCAUUGUUGGAUUGGCAAUGGCGCGAUUUCACGCCCUCAUUGCCCAUGAGCUGUGCGAAGAGGACCGCUCAGACUUUGAUCCAUUUCAAAAUGGAGAGCAGCUUUCAAAGACUUUGACGACUCUUGGCGAAUUGGUAGCCCUAAUGCAACACCCAAUGGAGGUGAUCGAAUUCAAGGCCAUGAAAAUAUUGACCCAAAUUGAGGACACUCCCCUUCGCGCUUCCACGAUGACCACACCGCCUUCUGGAGUGGAGGCUUGGGCCUACUCGCUUCUGGCUGCAUUCCACACCAAAGAUGCGUCUGGAUGGAUACGUCGAGCCAUCGCGGGACCGCCGAAUUGCUCCAAAGUGACGGCUCUGGUUUUGUCUUCUUUUGCACAAGCCCACAUGAAUAGGAUGAGGCUGAUGCUGCUUGAGCAGCUCCACGCCUCUUUCUCUGCGCCUGUUUCUCAAAGCAUCUUGAUCGCCGAUCUUUUGGUGCCGUUUGGAUUUGCAGAUAUUGAUGAGGCAGCUACCUUUUUUUCGCAGUUUGAGUGUUCGUACGUGGUGGAGAUGGGGCCAUUUUUAAAAUUUUCAAAGGAAUUUUCAUUUCCAGAGACAACCGCAUCCAUAAGAAGCAAGCUUUUUGAUGCCAAACUCACCGAAAUUGCACCAAGCCACUCUUAUGAAGACGCUUUGAUUUUGGCAAUUACAGCGGCACCAGACAUCGGACCAUUAGUGAUUUCGCCAUCUAUUUCAGACCCGCAAUUGCAACCAAUCCCCCCCAUCCAGACGCAAAGUGCACCACCAAAGAGCAAUUUUUGCUUUAUGGAAAGCUCAGCCCCAAAGGUAGAUUUGUCUCGAAACAAAGAUUUGAUUGUCGCGAGUGCCCUGGGUACCAUUGACAUUACGUUUUCUGCUAACGUUUCAAAGAAAAUCAUCAACGAAACGAUUUGCACAAUUCUAAGGCCAUUUAUUGCUAGCGCGCUUCGACGGCGCGCAUCAUACAUUUCCGAGUGCAUUUCUAAACACAUAAUGGUGGCUGUUUACAAGGAAAUCCUUAUGGACCAAUUUAUCUGCUCUUUUAGGAAACAUACGCUGAUGAAAAAGGUUCUUUUUAGGUGGAGAAAGUUCAUCGCCACUACACAGCUAUCUUCGAGGUUACUCCCGUUGCUUUCAUCCCAUUCGGGAGAGACAGAAAAUCCAAUAUUAUUGAAGCUACCACUUUUGUCUCAAGGGAGACUGUUGGAGUUUCAUUCGUCACUGUUUGGGGAUUGUAAAUUUAGCCCUCUGCCGCUCAGAAUUGUAUUUCUGGACUGGUCGACUCGGGCCUGUAUUCCACCUUUAAAUAUCUGCUCCACAGAUGCUGAAAUAUCCAUACUGUCGAUUUACAGAUGCAAAAACGUGUGCAGCGAAUGGGUGCCUCCUCAAUUUAACACAAAAUUCAUCACAUUGAUACUCGUUCUGGUGGAAGAAUCGACGGUGAAAUUCAAUGCAAUAUGCAAGCAGUUGAAGGCAUUGCGGUCCACCAGUAUCCGGGAUGAUGUUGAUCUCCUUUUCAUUGCCUUCAUUGUGAAAAGGGAGGAGAGCAAUGCAAGGCGUUUCGCGAUUUCCGAAAAUUCUCAAAUCACCAGAGAGCGAAUAUCGAAGCUUGUCGGGGUUUCCUCAUUUCACGUGAAUCUAUUUCACAUGCAAGAGAUCAAUGAGAAUCUGUUGAUAGACUGGAUUAGGCCCUCUUUGUCGCUGCUACUGAUACCUGGCGGGACGGCGUGGAUAGAGUCCAACUUGAUUUUCCAGGAAAUUUCGAAUUCUGUCCUGAUUGAGGCGGUGAUUGAUUCUGAUUUUACAGCGUUUCUUUGUGAAGCGAAAGCACCGACAAUCGAGCUCUGGAGAUCCUCAAAAUGGUAUCGGCGGUAUGUGAUUGUGGAUGUUGCCAAAAUGCAGGCCUGGGAGCGCGGCAUCUAG